ACUUAUGAAAUGUAAAGUUAUUCACGAAUUAGGUAAGUUACAUACACAGAAAGUAUAAUUCACUAUAGAUUCUCUGCAGUCUGCCAAAGAUCUGUUACUUUCCAUACAAAUACUGCAAUCUCACCGGGAAAACACUUCAACGGAUGAAAACACUGCCACAUAACACUGAGAAGCACAAGAGGUAUGUACAAUAAUGUUACUAACAUUUUCUAGAGCUGCCAUGAAGCGUAAACAAGAAUAUCUUUACAAUUCAGUAGACAUGGAUGUUGCUGAAAUGCAGGCUGGCAAUAGUCAUGUUCAAUAUUCCAAAUUCAGGUUGUUUGACAAGUUAGUUUCGCCUAUUGCUAAUUCGACGCAAUUAGAGACAUCCCCGUCUACAUCGGCAUCAAAGCGUGUCCAUGGUGCUUCAGCAGACCAGUUAGAUAGGUUGCAUGCAAUGGUGCAAAACAUUUCGUCAACUAUGAAUGACUUCAGUCAAACGUUGCAGAAAAUGUCAACAGCCAUUUCGGAUUUGAGUAUUAAUGUAAAGCAAUUGCUUUCAAAGUCUAAUGAGCGCGAAAGACCGCAUCAAUUCGAUUGCGGACUGUCGAGUCAGCACUUCCCUUUGUCAUCUGAAGAGGAACUACAGAUGCUGGAUACUGGUUUGUAGCAAAAAGAAACCAGGGACAGAUUUAUGGCAAUGGUCACUAGGUUAUCAAGUGACGAUCCAAAAACGUCGAUGCGGUUUGUUCUGUCGCAUCUGUUGACACCUGAGGUUGCCAGUAAAUUCACGUUACUUGGCACCUCUUCAAAACGAGCACUUCAGAAAUGCACGUUUUACGGCUGCAUACGAAGUGUCUUAACUCAUCGCUUUUUGUCAUCCUGUCAACGAAAAAGACCUUGGUAAGCUCUAUGACAUCGCGACACAAGGUUACUUUCACGAUAUCCGAGACAAGAUGAUAAAGUGUAAUAGAAGAAAACAAGACCAGGUAUGUACUAAUUUAAAGUGAUAACCU